AUGCCUCGGAAGCAGCUCGUGCCGCCGUGCGCCGUCUGGCUGCUCGUCGUCCUAGUCUUGUCAUCGUCGGCGCCAGUGCCCGCGUCAUCCUCAUCCAGCACCACCACUUUCCGCGUGCGUCGGCGCUACGACUCCAUCUUCAGCCUGGGCGACUCGUACGCGGACACCGGCAACGGCCCCGUCGUGUUCGGCUGGCACGCCAUCACCAGCCCCGUGAUGCGCCCGCCCUACGGCUCCACCUUCUUCGGCCGCCCCACUGGACGCAACUGCGACGGCCGCCUCGUCAUCGACUUCCUCGGUGCGUGCCCGCCCCGCCCCCGGAGUCGAUCUUGCAGGCCAUCAACGCAAAUGUAUAUAGCUGAUCGCUCUCUGGCCGCACUCGCACCGUCGGACGUCGCAGCUGAGAGCCUGGGCCUGCCGCUCGUCCCGCCUUUCCUGCAGGCGCGCCAGGGGGCAAGGAGCUUCGGCCGCGGCGCCAACUUCGCCGUCGGGGGCGCCACCGCCCUCGACGCCAGCUUCUUCCACCGCUGGGAUCCCCCCGGCGGCAACUGCAACAAGUUGUUCGGCGCCAACGACUACCUCCUCGCCAUGGCCGCGAUGAGCCUCGAACAAGUCAGGUCGCUCGUCCCAGGCGUCGUCGGGACCAUCUCCAUGGCCGUCGAGAGGCUGAUCGUGGAGCACGGGGCGACAACCGUGGUGGUCCCCGGCGUGAUUCCGGUGGGGUGCACGCCGCCGGUGCUCACCACUUUCGCCGACCCCGACCCGGCAGGCUACGACCCACGGACGGGGUGCCUGAAGGCGAUCAACGAGGUGGUCGCACACCACAACGCGCUGCUCCAGGAUGCUCUGCGCGAGCUCUGGGCCCGGCACCGCCACCGCGUCUCCGCCGUCGUCUACGGCGACUUCUUCGGCCCCGUCAUGGACAUGGUGACGUCGCCUGCCAAGUUCGGGUUUGACGAAGGCCUGACGCUUUGCUGCGGAGGACCCGGGCGGUUCAACUACAACAGGCACGUUUUCUGCGGCGACCCUGGCGCGAAUGAGUGCAAGGACCCGUCGGCUCGGUUGUUCUGGGACGGCGUCCACCUGACGGAGGCGGCCUACCGGUACAUCGCCGCCGGCUGGCUGAGCGCCAUAACGUCGCCGCCGGGACGAAAAGGCGGUGGUGCCGCUGCCAACCGGAACCGGACGGCGGCUGCAACUGUGCCCAAGGAGUCCCCGUGCUACUGA